GUACCGACUCAAUUAUGUAUUAAUUGUUAUUUCUCGAUGAGGUUUCGGUGGGGAUCCAAAAAGGGAUUAUUAUUUUGGUGCGGAAUUCCCGUGCACUGAUUUUUUUUGUAUAUCAUUUACAUUUCAGGGAUUUUUAAUGGAUGAGAAUCACGAAUUUUUGAAUAAAUAAAAUCGAACUAUACGAGUCAAAUGGCUGCCAUAAAAUAUUGACUGCCUACAAAACGAGAUUUCGAACGGGCGUUAAUUCGACACGUAUCGACUGGCUUUAAUUCUAAAACCUACCACGAAUUUCAAUAACUGUUUCUACCGGUAUGUAUCGAUGACGCCAUUUCGUUAAUUCGGAAAAAUGUUAAUCCGCUGGUAGGUGCGAGAAAAGGUCAAUGAUCAUGAAAUCACAAACGUCGUUCGGACGCAUUUCGUCAUCUACACUGAUAAAGCUGAAUGUAGGUUAGCUUCGUAGUGGGAAGGAGGAUGGCGUCAAAAUUCGGGGUAGACGGCGCGGAACGUCGGCGUCGCGACGUCGUGAUUGUCUGCACGGCGUGAUUCGAUAUGAAAACAAUAAUUUCGCGGGUCCUUUAUAGUGUUUCCCUAGGAAAAUCGUAGGUACGGCGAAGUUUACGGUCCGGUGAAUCAGAGAAGAGAAAUUUAGAAAUUAGAAAAAUUUCAUCCGUUGAUUAUACAAUGUCAGUUAUUAAAUGUUGCUUCGAACGAGCCGAGGUGAGCGAUAUUAUGGAGACCUUCCUGCAAAAAUGCGCCGAAUCUGGUUGUUGUUGCGGUUGUUGUAGUGCAUUUAGGCCUAGGUACAAAAGAUUAGUGGAUAAUAUAUUCCCUGUGUAUCCUCAAGAUGGUUUGGUCAAGUCGAAUAUGGAAAAACUUACGUUUUACUCGCUCAGCUCGCCUGAAAAAUUGGACCGAAUAGGAGAGUAUUUGUAUCAGAAAGCUUCCAGGGACAUUUAUAGGAAGAAAUAUGGUUUCGUCAUUAUCGCAAUGGAGGCGAUGGAUCAAUUGCUUUUGGCCUGUCACGCGCCCACCUUAAAUUUAUUCGUCGAAAGUUUCCUGAAAAUGGUCCAAAAACUGUUGGAAUCCACCGAGCCCGAGUUGCAAAUUUUAGCCACUCAAUCGUUUGUGAAAUUCGCCAAUAUCGAAGAAGAUACUCCUUCAUAUCACCGAAGAUACGACUUCUUUGUUAGCAAAUUUUCCGCAAUGUGCCACAGUGGAGAGAAAGAUACUAUCAGAGAUAAAAUUCGUAUAGCCGGUAUUAAGGGAUUGCAAGCCGUAGUAAGGAAGACGGUUUCCGAUGAUCUUGUUGAAAAUAUUUGGGAACCGGUUCAUAUGGACAAAAUUGUACCGAGUCUUCUAUUUAAUAUGCAGGAGUCUGGUUUUUACAAGAAAGAAACCGAAUCGAUAGAUGCGGGACCCGAAGAUGCCCUGGAUCCCCCUAUGUUAGCUGAAACCUGUUUGAGAGAAUUGGUAGGAAGGGCUUCCUUUGGUCAUAUCAGAGCCGUACUUAGACCUGUUUUUAGGCAUUUCGAUUUACAUAAAUUAUGGGUACCCAAUCAAUUUGCUAUUCAUACUUUUCGGAUAAUUAUGUUUUCCAUUCAAGCCCAAUAUUCCUACACUGUGGUUGAAACACUAAUGGCACAUCUUGAUGAUAAUACUAAAUCUAGUCCUAAUAUAAGAACCAAUAUCGCUGGCGUGUUGUCGAAAAUUAUCGCUAUAGCUGCUGGGGAAAGUGUCGGACCUUCCGUAUUGGAAAUUAUUAAUUCCUUGCUCAGUCAUCUGAGAGAUUCCGUUAGAAAUGAAACGAGUCAAAUGGAAGAAAAAGAAUACCAAGAAGCUUUGAUAAACGCUUUAGGAGAAUUCGCUAACCAUUUGCCAGAUUAUCAAAAAAUCGAAAUUAUGAUGUUUAUUAUGAGCAAAAUUCCAUUUCCUCUGGUGGACAAUCAAACGCCAGCUGAUAAUCUCUUACAGAGUAUACUGUUAAAGAGUUUAUUGAAGGUCGGUACGAAAUAUCAAACAAUUCAUCUAAACACAACUUUCCCCGUAUCAUUUUUGGAACCUUUACUCAGAAUGUCUUUAGCCCCGGAUCCCGAUAUGCGAUUGUUGGUACAAAAAAUAUUGCACACUCUCAUCGAUAGACACAACAAUCUUGAUAAGCUCUCUAAACCGACUGUGAACGUAGCUGAAUUAGAACUAGUAUUAGAGAAAUCAUCUCGACCCGACUUGAUAUUUAUCAACAAACACGGCCCGAUCAUCUACGACGCCCUGUAUACCAGCCUACAAAUGGAUACCAACGUUCCGGAAAACAUCGAAGCUGUGUACACUACAUUGGCUUUGCUCUGUGUAGAGUUAGCUUGCUCCGAGACCGUCAUAGAUUUGUUACAAUUAACUUUAGGAAUACAAAGUUUAGCAUUAAACAGCACCUCAUUAUCGAACGCUCAAAAAUUCAACCUCCACGCCGUAGUCAUCAGUUUAUUGGCGUUGAUACCGAACGUAGUCAAUAUUCAAUCGCUCGCCGAUUACGCCGGGCUGAUAAUCGAACAGCGAAAGCAAGAGGCUCCGCAUUUACUGCCCUAUUUGUAUCCCGCGUACCCCGCCAACAGCGAGGUAGCUAAUAAGCUUCCGCAUCUGUUGGUCGAUCAGAUGGCGGUUUGUGAAUACCUCAAAGAGAGCGGCAUAGAUCCCUCAAGGCUCCAACAGACAUCGCCCUACGGCGCAGGCGGGCCUGGUUUGAUUGGAGGUUCCCAACGUAACAGUUGGAUCGAGAACGGUGCUCGUGGAAGCAUUGUGGAUAUGCCUGUAACUGAAGUUGACAGUGCAGCUAGCUCUCCUGGUGUUCAAAAGAAAUAUACAGAAGAGGAAUUGAAUUUCGAAAGUAUGAAGAAAGUGCUGACGGAGCCUCCGGAAAUACGAAAAGAAGCCGAGGCUGAGCGAAGGAAGAUGCUCAGUCAUACGUUUAGAACGGCCACGUUUUCUGAGCUCGUACGAAGGACUCAGCCUAAGCACGACGUGCUACAAAGUAAACUGAACGAAAUAUUCAAGUCUUUAACAGUGAAUGGUAAUAGAAGUCCCACUGAAGAGAAGAAAUCGGGGAUUCCCCCUUACGAGCAGAACUUCCCCGAGUUGUUUUACUAUUGAAUACGUGGAUAUGCUAAGGAAUAGUGGUUUAAUCAAGCGAGUUUAGGCAAUCAUGUUUUAACCAUAUCUAUAGUUUAAACGUACUUACGUUGUGGACGAGGUGGUGAUAUCUAACUCAUAUGGUUUUGAAUAUUCUUAUGGCACUUACUCGUUAAGUAAUUUUAUUCGAUUACUUUUGUACUUUUUUUUUAGUAGGAAAAGGAACAAAUUAUUUUAUGAUUGUUGCGAAAUUGUAUUUUUCAAAAGGAAGUUACCAAGUCAUGUUAACAACAAAUUUUAUCUCUUGUUGCGUGUUUAAAUAAAAUAUAUGG